CUCAUUAAAUAAAGUCUUUCACUUCACUUCACUUCACUUCAUUGGGAGCGAAAUCAACGAUGCAACGUCUGGCACAUCGCGUGAUUCUUCCUCCGAAUUAGCUCAACCAAUCAGUGCCUCCAGAACGAAACUGGCUUUACCAGACUCUUUGUCACAAAGCUCUGAUGAACAGCGUGACUCAGGGUUUCAAGGUCAAGGAUACAGACUGAUACAUCUGAAUCAGUUUUCUUCAACCCUCUCCAUUGCACAUGUUUGCGAAGGUGAGAAUAAUAAGCUUACAUACUUUGUGAAGUUUACAUGUGGUCAAUGGUUCUGUGCCAAAUGUUUCAACUGUCUCAUACAGUUUCUCUGUAGCUGCUUGUUAUGAGGCAUUUUACACAGCUGUCGAUAUUUUAAAUACAAUGUGUGCUCUUCUUUAGUUUUUUUCUUUAAUUAUAUUUUUCCCUUUUGUGCUUCGGUUAGUGUUCACUGUUUUUAACUUACAGUGAUGUACCUCAAACAAGUAUUUUCACAUUUGAUUUAAUACAUAUUAUUUACAGGAAUUUGACGAUUCAGGAAAAUCAAUCUGGAAGAAGGGGGCUAAUGGCUCAUCUCUCUGCACAGUGCAGCUUGUGCCUUGAAGAGACCCCUUUGAAGACUCCCUCUCUUACAAGCAAGCGGGGGAAAUUUGUGGAUGUGAAUAGGCAUAUUGUGUAUCAUUCAAUUGAGACUGGUAGUGGCUACAAAGGACUUGCAUCCUUUUGUAGCAUCAUGAAAAUGCCAUGUAUCACAAAGACAGCUUACUAUCAGCAUGUAGAAACAAUUCUUGAUGCUCUUGAGGUGGAAGCAGAAAUUGACAUGAAACAAGCAGGACAAAGGCUUCGGCAGCACAUUUUGGCAGAAAAUGGCGGUGAAGAUAGUGAUGGAAUUGUGGGUGCUGCAGUUAGCUUUGAUGGUACGUGGGCAAAAAGAGGCUUCACUUCUCUUACUGGAGUCGUGUUUGUCAUCUCUGUGGACACUGGAGAAGUGCUGGAUCACCAUGUACUUUCGAAAUCCUGCCAGAGUUGUUUGGUAAAAAAGGCACAGUGUAGUUCUGAUGAAGAAUUUGAAGAAUGGCAUAUGGAACAUGUAGCUUCUGGUGACUGUGAUGUCAAUUUUAGAGGAUGUUUGCCAGCCAUGGAAGCAGAGGGUGCAGCAGUGCUGUGGAACAGAUCGGUUGAGCGUCACAACAUUAGAUACAAGUGGAUGGUGUCUGAUGGUGACAGCAAGGCAUUCAACACUGUUGAGUGUAAACAUAUCAGGUUUUGAGCAUGCGCAGUAGGACGAGACAGAAUAUACACAUGUGCUUGUACUCGUUAGCUGGAAUAAAAAGUUAUCUUUCUGAUCUCUGCCAUAACUUUACAUGGUGUCAGAAGUGGGAUAGCGAAGUAACCAAACAUACCAUUUAGCUCGAUACACUGGAGAAGGUGGAAGAGUGAAGUAAUUUCCGAACGACACGUGUACGAUCGAUUCAAG